GCGGCUCAAAGAGCGAGAGUCCUUGGUGAGGCCUCGGCUGGCCGGCGUCCGCAACGGUCUUGUAUCCGGGAGGAGGCAAGUUGGGGGCGGGGCUCACGUGGCCGAAACCGGUCGUGGAGCCACUCUGCCAGAGCACCGGGUCUUUGGAGCCUGUGGAGGUGUUAAGUGGCAUAUCCUGAGAGAAGAUGGGAAAGGGCUGCAAGGUUGUGGUUUGUGGCUUGUUAUCUGUGGGGAAAACGGCAAUUUUGGAGCAGCUUCUUUAUGGGAAUCAUACUAUUGGAAUGGAAGAUUGUGAAACAAUGGAAGAUGUAUAUAUGGCUUCAGUGGAAACAGAUCGGGGAGUAAAGGAACAGUUACAUCUUUAUGACACCAGAGGCUUACAGGAAGGUGUGGAGCUUCCAAAACAUUAUUUUUCAUUUGCUGAUGGCUUUGUUCUUGUGUACAGUGUGAAUAACCUUGAAUCCUUUCAAAGAGUAGAACUUCUGAAGAAAGAAAUUGAUAAGUUUAAAGACAAAAAGGAGGUGGCAAUUGUCGUAUUAGGAAACAAAAUUGACCUUUCUGAGCAGAGACAAGUGGAUGCUGAGGUAGCACAGCAAUGGGCAAGAAGUGAGAAAGUUCGCCUGUGGGAGAUCCCGCAGAUAUCCCACCUACCUAGGUCACAGAAUCACUGUAAUGGAGUCUCCACAAAUGAGGAGCCAGAAAUGGGAUCUACAGCUCAGAACCACCAGGAAAUCACAGGGUCAGAAGGUGAGGAGAACUAUUUACUGCACUUGGAGAGUCAUUGGCUUCCUUCUUGGCCCCAGAAGGCCAGGAGAGAAAGGCAAAGGCUGUUUACAUUUGCAGAGGGCUGAGAGUGUGAAUGAGGAAGGCUAUGCCCUAUGGGUCAAAUACAGGGCUGCGUUUGGAGGGGAGAGUCUGCUCUGGCCUCUUGUUCACUGCUAAACCUCAUCACCAAAUCUCUGCCCUGCUGUCUACAUAUCUUCUUCUAGCUGAGGAGAGGAGACGACAGCUUUAACAAAACUCGGUGCUGCAGCAGCUGCUAAAGCAGCCCAAGUUGGAGCACCCACAUGGGACAUUUCACAGCCGACCAAGUCUAACAAAUUUUCUCCUAGUGCUGGUAAGCAGACACAUGUGACCUUCACCAGUGGCCACUGACCAGCUACCAUUCUGGCUUGUAAACUAACACACACAGUGCAUAUGCUACCACAUGCUAAAACCAGGUGCUUCCUAAAAUAAUUCUCAUCAUGUAAUAUUUAAUAAGAAAGGAGUGCAGAGCAUAACGCCCAAACAGAAAAGGGUCCUAACAAAAAUGUCAGCUAGUAAUUCCCAAUUUUAUAUGAAAAACACUUGCAGAGAAUUAACUGCUAAGGUUUAUGUCUAUUCAGGCUAAGUUUUAUGGAAAACGCCAAAAGGCAAGAAAAGUUCUGAAAGAGAGGAGGCAGUUGUUCCAAGCCGAAGGUGAGGAGCUUGGCUGAGAGGUAUGAAAUGUGGCUAACAGCCCACAUAUAUGAUUGGAAAAUAAGGUCAAAGAAGAGAAGGACAUGAAAAAUGAAAUGAGAGGGGAAGUUUUAAUUUCUUAUUUUUUUCCCUCUUAAAAGGAAAAAAAAAUAACCCCAAUUUAAGUACUGGCCCAGAGGGAGAAGACAACUAUCUCAGAACAUAUACACAAAGAUGAUAGACUGAACCCACGAUACCAACUUUCACUCCUUCCCCAAACUCCGACAAUAUGACAGUAAAGAUUUUUAAAGGCAUAAACCUACAAAGAUGGGAAGAAAAGGAAAGGGGAUAAUAUUCACAGAAGUUUGGAAGUUAGGAGGCAAACUGGCAAGUGGUAAAGGAUUCGACAUGAUAUAGCCAAGAAGCUGAAUCCUCAAGUGGCUGUGAAAAAAGCCAAAAAUCAAGCCCAGGUAGACCACAUAACCCUCCCUGAAGACUCAGGAAUCUGUGGUGCCCGAGGAGGCUGAGAAUGAGGCAGGGGAAGGUUUUAAAAUAAGAACUGGUUAAAAGUGUGUAUCAGUGGUCCAAUUCCAAGACCCUGUAUGACAGGUGGAAUUCUGAGAUGGGCAGCAUGAUGUCCUCCCGCUAAUACACUCUGACCUCCUCCAUGUGAGCAUGUAUGGACAGAAGCUGUGACUUGCUUCUCCCUAACAGAAUAAGGCAAAGCUGACUGGACACCACUCUUGGAUCAGGUUAUGUUUUCUAUAAAUUGUUAUUACAUAAGACUC